AUGGUAUUGGCUAAGAUAGCAUUAGGAACAGCAGGAGCUGUGACUGUUGGAUAUUUAUUUGUUCCGCCAUUCAAUAGAAAGCUUGAAAGAAAUGUUCUCAGACCAAUCAGAAAUUAUAGAAGACACUUAUAACAAGAGGAUUCAUUCAAAACAGAAGUAAAAUUAUCUUUUUCAUUUUUUUAGGAAGAAUUCUAUUAAUUUUUAGGAGGUGUUGCAUUAGGUACCUUGAGAAUGUUUACAAUCGAAAGUGAUUGA